UUUCUCUCUCUUUUUUUUUUUUUCUAACUAUGAGUAUAGAAUCUACGAGCAGAAGCAAACAGAAGUAUUAGGCAACCGUUAAGCUUAGAAAACUUAAACGAUGUUAGAUGUUAACGAUUAUAACCAAUCAAUUUUAAGAUCGCUUUGCGAAUAAUUAAUCGUCAAAAAAUAAACACAUUGUAUUAAAAAUGAUUGGUUAAUAUAAUAUUGUUCAAUUAGUAUUGAUAUUUAAUAAGAAAGCUUUUCUAAAGUUUACAAAGUCUAUUCAUAAUUGGAAGUUACUUUUUUAUUUACUAUAUAUACAUUCAAACUACGGCGUAUGAAUGAAGUGCUUAAGUUUUAUUGUUUUAUUAAUAAUUUUUUUAAAAGGACACUGUGUCGAACAAUACUGCAAAAUUAAUGAUGCAGAACAUUGCAAGGAAAGAGAUGAAGGUUAUAAAUAUAAGAAAGUUGAAAAAUAUGAAGAAUAUAUUGAAGCUAUUCAUAAUGCUGAAAGGAAUUACAUAGAAUGCAAUGCUACGAGAUGUGAAUGUUUUAAGGAUAUAAUAAUUAGAGAUUUGAAGCCAUUCAAAAAAAAUGGUAUAAGUAAAGAAUUAAUUGAUAUAGCAAAGACCAGAGGUACAUUUUAUCAAAUAAUAGGUGGAAAGCUUUACAGAGAGAAAGAUUGUAUGUUUCCAUCAAGAUGUGCUGGGAUAGAACACUUUCUUUUGAAAAUAAUUCAUAACUUAACUGAUAUGGAUUUAGUUGUUAAUACUAGAGAUUAUCCUCAAUCAAAUAAGCAUUUUGGAAAACCUUUACCUGUGUUUUCUUUCAGCAAGACACCACAAUAUUAUGAUAUUAUGUAUCCAGCAUGGGCAUUUUGGGAAGGAGGACCCGCUAUAUCUUUAUAUCCUCGUGGUCUUGGACGGUGGGAUCAACACCGUGAAUUAUUAAAUAAAGCUAGUGAAAACAUACCAUGGAAUAAGAAAAAAGAAAAAGUAUUUUUUCGUGGCUCCAGAACAAGUUCUGAACGCGAUAAUUUAAUAUUAUUGAGCCGUAAAAAUCCAAACUUAGUUGAUGCACAGUAUACAAAAAAUCAAGCAUGGAAGUCAGAUGAAGAUACAUUACAUGCACCUCCAGCUUCUGAAGUUCCAUUAGAAUCUCAUUGUGCAUAUAAGUAUUUAUUUAACUAUAGAGGAGUUGCAGCUUCAUUUCGAUAUAAACAUUUGUUCCUGUGUCGAUCCUUAGUUUUCCAUGUUGGUGAUGAAUGGACAGAAUUUUAUUAUGAUGCAAUGAAACCAUGGAUUCAUUUUAUUCCUGUUCCUAAGGAUGCUAGCCAAACUGAUUUAAAAGAACUCAUACAAUUUGCAAUAGACAAUGAUAUUUUAUCAGAAAAAAUUGCAAAUCGCGGAAGAGAUUUUAUAUGGCAUAAAUUAAGAAUGAAAGAUAUAUUAUGCUUUUGGAAAAAACUAUUGAAGAGUUAUGGGAAAAUUUUUUCGUAUAAACCAGUUUUAGAUAAACGUCUAAUUAAAAUUGAGCGAAAAUAA